UGUUUGUAUGUGGCCAGCCAGGGAGUGGGGCAUCAGGAAUCGCUACCAAGAAGCUAAGUUAUGGUCUGAAAAUUGGACAGGUGCAGAGUGGUUGGGAUGGCGGUGUGUGCGCUGACCAUGCUGGACGGAGUGGGAGAUGAAGUCACAGUGGCAGGUGGGGUAGUGCUGCUGGCCCUGGCACUGAUCCUGGCCUGGCUCUCCACCCAUGUGGCUGAACGCGGGGACCACAUCCUGGGCACCAUCCUAACGGCUGGGGCCCACGUCUCGCUCAUUGGCCUUGGGGGUGGGGAUGCUUACAUGGGAGGGCCCUCCAGCCCUGACGCGCCAGAGCCCCAGCCAGCCUCCCACUCCCAGGAGGACAAGCCCGAGGACGAAGACCUGGGGCAAGAGGGCGGGGAGGCCACCGGAGACGGGGAGGGGGCGUCAGGGGCCGGCAUUGACCAGUUGCUGAACAUCCAGGGCCUGCGAAAAAGGGCAGUGGCGACCGCUGGCAAGUCCCUCCCACCCCAUGCUGACGAGCAGGAGGAGCAAGAGGAAGAGAAGGAGGACGUGGCUCGAACCCCGGGCCAGGUUGCUGCCAUCACCGUCCGUCUCAAGUUCCUCAACGACACAGAGGAGCUGGCCACGCUCAGGCCACAGGACACUGUAGGGCUGCUGAAAAGCAAGUACUUUUCCGGCCAGGAACGGCAGAUCAAGCUCAUCUUCCAGGGCCAGUUGCUGCAGGACCCGGGCCGGACGCUGCUGUCGCUCAACAUCACCCACAACAGCGUCAUCCACUGCCACAUCUCUCAGGCCCUACGGGAGGGUGGUGCGGAGGGGCCGCCCCGGGCGGUGACGGGGACAGCCCAGGUGGAGCGCGGAGGAGUGGGCGUAGGCGGUGGCACUGGGGGGGUGGGCCUGGCGCUCAACACAGGCAGCCUGGUGGUGCCCGUCUUUGUGGUGAUGCUGGCCGUGGUCUGGUACUUCCGCAUCAACUACCGGCAGUUUUUCACCGCGCCGGCCACCAUCUCCCUGGUGGGCGUCACCAUCUUCUUCAGCUUCCUGGUCUUUGGGAUGUACAGUCGGUGAGGGGAGGAGAAGUGCCUCAAGGAAAAGCCCUAAGAAGGAAACACGAAGCAAGGCUAAAUAAUGAAGUAGAUUUUAUGGUGGUGGGCACAGGCAAGGGAAGGAGCCAUACCGCUCAUGAGGCUUCUAAACUAUGUGUGUGGCGUGCAUGUGCGUGUGUGUGUGUGUAUGUGUGUGUGUCAAAGUGCAAGGGAGCUGGUGUCUGUGUGACAUGUAGCAGCAUGUGGGUGUGAGUGUAAGACAGUAUGUAGUAAGCUGAGGUCAGGGCUGCAAUUUUGCCUGCAGUGAUAUAAACAUAUAUAUUACAACACAUGGAACUUUCCCUUGAAGGAAAGCAACAGGGUUGUGACGUGGAUCCUGCUGGUCCAUUUUGGACUGAUUUUUGUACAAUUGCACGUCAUCUCUGCUUCACACCCUGUAGUGCAGCGACCCCUGGCUUCAGUCUUGGGAUAAAAAAAUCAUCUCACCUUCAGAACAUUCUGUAACCUUCUCAUUUCUGGAAUUCAGCAGAGCAGCACAGUGCUAAAUUGAUUGUAUUAAUCUUGCAGAAAGAAAUGUUUCAUCUGCCUGAAGUGAAUAAGGACAUAUUUUCUGUUGUAGCACACCAGUUUCUGUGAGGGCAGUGGAAUCUCUGACAUCGGUAGUAGUGUGCAAAUGUGGACCAGGAGUGUUGAAUUGAGACAUGGCUUGCAGGGCGUAAGAUCUAAUAGCGAACAAAGAAGUGCCCCAGACAGGUCAUCUUAGUCCCUGCAAACCCUUUGCUUCUUAGUAUGGAGUUGUGCAGACUCACAGAUGUAUCCGGGCCGGCUUAAGUUACUCCUGCUCAGCAAGUAUUGAAUAGAGCUGUUAAUACGGCUUUUUUAACCCGGCUUAGCGGUGAAUGUGUGCAGGUAUACAGGUGUCGGACAUUUGCUGAAGGUAGCGUGCAGGGGAGCUGCACAAGGAUGCAGCAUAAGACGAACACUGCACUCGAUCAGGUAUGGUUGCAAUAACAGGAAUUGGUGAAGAGGUCAGCAGCCUGAGGUUAGCUUAUGUUUGUCAAAAUUUAAAUUGCAAUAAUGUGUGUAUAUACAGACUAACAUCUGCAGCUUGAGUUGAAGCAGUUAAGCUGCCUUGUGACGCGAGUCUCGCAGUCUUGCGAUGCUCCUGAUGAGUUUCCUGAAUUACUGCAGACGGGCAGCAUGUUUAAUGAUGCUAACUCAUGGAAGCGUGCAGCCAUGAAUAUGGCCACUUAAUGCGAAUGUGUUUGACACAGAAGUUGUAAGUCUGUACAUAGCCUUAGUUUGACCCGGUCCUGAACAGACAGAGCAGUGCAUUGUAUGAUACCAUUAUGUCAUAUCUCUCCUUAUGUCCUCAGUUCUCAUCAGCAUUACGACACCGCUCAGCUCUCUUAAACGUCUCGCCCAUCUGGUUCCUGUCAACGCACAGCAAGUCCGUACUGUUCUGGAAUCUCCAAAUUAAGUUAUACAGCUGCUCACAGACACAGUGACUUAAAGUGGAGAUGCAUCAUGGAUUGGAUUUAGAGUGUGAUCCAGGUUUAAUUUCGGUAUGGUUCUUAAAAAUUUGCAAUUCAAAUGUAAAUCAAAUGGCCCAUAGGAUAAAUGAAAUUGAUUGUAUGAAACUGACGUGAAAUUGCUAUGAAUUUCAAAGAAUUUUUAACAUGGAAAUAAUGUAAUGUGAAAUUGACAACAUGGAGAUCAUAGCCAUUGUAAAUUUCCUCAGUUGGCUAUUUGGCAUCCACACUCCCCAGAGCAGCAGCAGGGAUGUCUCGGGAGACACAGAAAGGGCACUUUUCCCAUUUCUCCGGCUGAUUUUGCCUACUGCUCAGGUCUGAACAGACAGCAGUGCCCUCAGCUCCUCCCUAGGAACACACUGCUGUUAAAUCAUUUAAGCAACCGAGUUGUUUGACUACAAGUUUUUUUUUUUUUGACAUUGGGACAGGGUAAAAUGGGGCCUUGUGUGGGUCAGAACAUUGCCUUGCCUUGCUUCCCACAAAGGUACUGCAGUAACCAUGGCUGAAGUAGCCAUCACUCUUCCAGUUUUUUUCUGUAAUUACUAAUGCAUUUCUAUACCUAAAUAUGCCAGUGUAGUGAAAAAAAAAUUUGAAUGAGUGUGUACUGUAUAAUAAAAAAGCUUGUUUCAAGACAAGCAUGUAUGUAAAUACACAAGAUGAAAUUUACUGUACAUAGUGUAUGGAUUGGAUGAAAUUUCAUUUGGCACUUCGGGAUUAAUAUGUAGGGGGAGUGGUACAUGGGUUCGAUUGUGCAUUAUUUCCUUGUGGUUAGGAGCUGCUUCAUUUUUAAGACGAUCUUGUUUUCCUCUCCAACUCUGAGGCUGUUGUGAAAUGGAUCUGUUUUGCACUCUGCUGUUAGUGUCGUUUGGAUUAAAGGGUUUCA